AUGGAUAAGCCACAAAUUAUUUUACAUAGUCAAAAGUCUGUUAAUUAUACAGUAUUUGAUGUUAAAUGGAUUCCAACAUCAGCAAAAUUUAUUUCACUUGGUAAUCAUGCACGUGGAACAGGUGCCUUGGAUAUAUUUGAAAUAACACAUGGAGAUAUUGCACUUAUAUCACAAUAUGAAAAACCUUCAGCUUUUAAAUGUGGAACCUUUGGAGCUUCACCAACACGAGAAAGACGACAUUUAGCAACAGGAAAUUUUGAUGGUUAUAUUCAAGUUUGGGAUUUGGAAAAAAUUGAUAAACCAAUUUAUUCAGUCAAAGGUCAUAAAGAAAUAAUAAAUGCUAUUGAUGGUGUUGGUGGAUUAGGUAUUGGUGAAGGUGCGCCAGAAAUAGCAACAGCUAGUCGAGAUGGUACAGUACAUAUAUGGGAUACAAGACAAGCUGAUGCAGCUGUAGCUAGUAUGGAACCAGCUGAAGGUGAAACAAAACGUGAUUGUUGGGCAGUUUGUUUUGGAAAUGCCUAUAAUACCAGUGAACGAGUUGUUUGUGCUGGUUAUGAUAAUGGAGAUGUGAAAUUAUUUGAUUUAAGAACAAUGUCUCUUCGAUGGGAAACAAAUAUUAAAAAUGGGGUAUGUUGCUUAGAAUUUGAUAGAAAAGAUAUCGAAAUGAAUAAACUUGUUGCAACAACAUUAGAAAGUAAAAUACAUGUAUUUGAUAUGAAAACUCAACAUAAUGAAAAAGGUUUUGCAUCUGUUGUGGAAAAAGCUCAUAAUUCUACUGUUUGGCUUGGUCGACAUUUACCACAAAAUCGUGAUAUAUUUAUGACAUGUGGAGGUUCAGGUUCAUAUUAUCUUUGGAAAUACAUGAUAUUUUUAGGAGAUAUUCAACAGCAAGGACCAAAAACAGCUGUAUAUCCUCAUUUUAAAACUUCAAUUGUUUUUUAUUUAAAAGCUAAUUAUCCAGAAAACCGUGUUAUGACCCAAUCUGAUAAAACUGAAAUGGGUGUAGCUGGUACUUUAACUCUUCUUCAAAACAUUGGCUUAUCAAGUCAACCAGCAAGUGGUUUUGAUUGGAGUCUAGAUAAGGCUGGCUUAGCUUGUACAUCAGCAUUUGAUCAAACAGUUCGUGUUUUAAUAACAACAAAAUUAAAUACAAUAUAA